UGCUCGACAAGGCAUCUUCUGUCCCCCAAAAACAAAAUAAGAAGCAAUAAUACAGUCCUGAGAAUGGCACUCUCCUUUCAUUCCUCCAACAGCGAGGAAAUACAUAGAAGUAAGAGGCAUGGUACCACAAGACGAGAACGAGGAGGUGAAGCUGCUCACUUAUUUUGCAAGCCCUUUCGGAAUGAGGGUGGAGCAGAGUUUGCUCUUGAAAGGCGUCAACUACGAAAACAUUCAAGUGAAUUUGAGGGAAAAGUCGGACAUUAUGCUGAGGUCGAAUCCUGUGUUCAAGAAUAUCCCCGUGCUGAUUCACAAGGGUAAACCCAUCUGCGAGUCGCUCAUAAUCGUUCAGUACAUCGAUGAAACGUGGCCUGCCUCCCCUCGCCUGCUUCCCCUCGACCCCUACGAGCGGGCGCUCGCCAGAUUCUGGGCAGAUUUCAUAGACAAACAGGUAUUCAUUAUAGGGAGAGAGAUGAUCCUUUCCACUGGAGAAAUCCAUGAGAAAGCCAAAGAGAAACUUAAAGAUAGCCUUGAAACUAUAGAUGGGACUUUAAAAAAGUUGUAUGAGGAGCAGAAGGGUCCAUUGUUUGGAGGAGAAAAUGUUAAUGUGGUGGAUCUGGUGCUGGGGCCAAUAGUGGUAUCAAAGAGAGCGUACGAAGCAGUGGGGGAGUAUGAUUUGGGUGGCGCAGAGCAGUUGCCAAACUUGUUUAAGUGGAUGGAAGCAUUCAAGGCUUCCCCUGCGGCAGCUGUCCUUCCUCACGCAGAUAAAAUGAAACAAAUUUACGUCACUGUACACAAUAACUUUCAAGCAUCUUUAGGGAAGAUACAAGCCCGGUAUAUAGAUGAUAACGGUGUUGUAAAAUCCAGAUAUAGAUAGGUUGGUUGUUUCUUGAAAAAGAAGAUUAAAUCUUCAACGAUUCUCUUUGUCUGA